AUGAGGACGAAAAUAAAAGGCACCGGACCAAACCAGGGCACAGAGACCAAGCCCCCAGAGCAUCCCUGGCAUGGAGUAGAGACCUACAUGUGGUGGACAGACUCACCUUGUGACUGCGUCGGUUCUAGGCUUAGACUGAUGCUCUGCAGGUUUCUCCUGGGACAUGUCGGCCUGGAGAAUUUCACUGAAGUGACCGAAUUUGUGUUGAAAGGAUUCACUGACAAUGCUGAGCUACAGACCAUUUGCUUCUUCCUAUUUCUAGCAAUUUACCUUCAUACUCUCAUUGGAAAUUUAGGGCUGAUUGCGCUGGUCAUUGGGGAUUCCCGGCUGCACAACCCCAUGUACUAUUUUCUGAGUGCCUUGUCUUCUGUGGAUGCCUGCUUUUCCUCCACUAUUACCCCAAAUAUGUUGGUGGAUUUCAUGUCAGAGAACAAAGUCAUUUCCUUCCUUGGGUGUGCAGCACAGAUGUUUUUUGCUGUAACGUUCGGGACCACAGAAUGUUUUGUCCUGGCUGCAAUGGCUUAUGACCGCUAUGUAGCCAUCUACAACCCGCUGCUGUACUCUGUGAGCAUGACACCCAGGGUCUAUGUGUCACUCAUCACUGCGUCCUACCUCGGGGGGAUCCUGCAUGCCACUGUGCACACAGGGGCCACUUUCAGCCUGUCCUUCUGUGGGCCUAAUGUCAUCCAACACAUCUUCUGUGAUAUCCCUGCUCUGUUUGCGAUUUCUUGCUCUGACACUCACAGGAACCAGCUUCUACUCUUUUACAUUGCUGGCUCUAUUGAAGUAUUUACUGUACUAGUCGUCCUGGUAUCCUAUGGUUUCAUUCUGUCAGCUAUUCUUAGGACACGCUCUGCAGAAGGGAAACGAAAGGUCUUUUCUACAUACAAGCAUUUGCUCAUCGCUAGCCUCUCACUGCCUCUGAUCUCCGUCUCCCAGGCUCGGGGUGUGAGGGCUUCUAAGUCCAGGUCAGUGCCGGCUGCCUUCCACCCUGGUGUAAAUGAAACCCGACCUUGA